UGAAGACCGGUGCAAGGCCAAUGAACACGUUGCAUAGUGUGGUUGGGCGGGAACACAAGUUGUGAGUAUAUGUGUAACAGCAACGGAGUGGGAUAAGCCAAGUUAUCACUCCCCGUGUGAAGAUGACGAAGUUAGGCUUCCUGCGGCUGUCCUAUGAAAAACAGGACACGUUGCUGAAGCUGCUCAUCCUGUCUAUGGCUGCAAUCCUCUCCUUUUCCACCAGGCUUUUCUCUGUGUUAAGGUUCGAGAGUGUCAUCCAUGAGUUUGAUCCAUACUUUAACUACAGAACAACCCGCUUCUUGGUAGAAGAGGGGUUCUACAACUUUCAUAACUGGUUUGAUGACCGGGCAUGGUACCCUCUGGGGAGAAUCAUCGGUGGCACUAUUUACCCAGGCCUGAUGAUCACCUCUGCUGCUCUGUACCACGUCCUGAACUUCUUCCACAUCACCAUCGACAUCCGUAACGUCUGUGUCUUUCUGGCUCCCCUCUUCUCCUCCUUCACUGCAAUCGUCACCUACCACUUCACCAAGGAGCUCAAGGAUGCAGGUGCUGGGCUCUUGGCUGCUGCCAUGAUAGCAGUGGUACCUGGCUACAUUUCCCGUUCUGUCGCAGGCUCCUAUGACAAUGAAGGUAUUGCCAUCUUUUGCAUGCUGCUGACGUACUACAUGUGGAUCAAGGCAGUCAAUACAGGCUCCAUAUACUGGUCCGCCAUGUGUGCCCUGGCCUACUUCUACAUGGUGUCCUCCUGGGGUGGCUAUGUGUUCCUGAUCAACCUCAUCCCCCUCCACGUGCUGGUCCUCAUGCUCACCGGCCGCUUCUCCCACCGUAUCUACGUGGCCUACUGCACCGUCUACUGCCUGGGAACCAUCCUCUCCAUGCAGAUCUCUUUCGUCGGCUUCCAACCAGUGCAGUCGUCUGAGCACAUGGCAGCAUUCGGGGUGUUUGGCCUAUGUCAGAUUCAUGCCUUUGUGGACUACCUGCGCAGCAAGCUAAACGCCCAGCAGUUUGAGGUCCUCUUCAAGAGUGUCAUCUCCCUGGUGGGCUUCGUACUGCUCUCUGUGGGCACUGUGCUCAUGCUAACCGGGAAGAUCUCCCCCUGGACGGGUCGUUUCUACUCACUGCUGGACCCAUCUUACGCCAAGAACAACAUCCCCAUCAUCGCCUCUGUGUCUGAGCACCAGCCCACCACCUGGUCCUCCUACUACUUUGACCUGCAGCUGCUCGUCUUCAUGUUCCCAGUGGGUCUGUAUUACUGCUUCAAUAACCUGUCUGAUGCAAGGAUCUUCAUCAUCAUGUAUGGCGUCACCAGCAUGUACUUCUCAGCUGUCAUGGUGCGUCUGAUGCUGGUCCUGGCCCCAGUCAUGUGCAUCCUGUCAGGCAUUGGUGUGUCCCAGGUCCUCACAACUUACAUGAAGAACCUGGAUAUCAGCCGGCCAGACAAGAAGAACAAGAAGCAGCAGGACGCCACCUACCCCUUCAAGAACGAGGUGGCCAGUGGGAUGAUUCUGGUCAUGACCUUCUUCCUCAUCACUUACACCUUUCACUCCACCUGGGUGACCAGCGAGGCCUACUCCUCUCCCUCUAUUGUCCUGUCAGCCCGUGGUGGAGACGGCAGCCGCAUCAUCUUUGACGACUUCAGAGAGGCCUACUACUGGCUACGCCACAACACCCCAGUAGAUGCUAAAGUGAUGUCAUGGUGGGAUUAUGGCUAUCAGAUAACGGCCAUGGCCAAUCGAACAAUUCUAGUGGACAACAACACGUGGAACAACACACACAUCUCCAGAGUGGGCCAGGCUAUGGCGUCCACCGAGGAAAAGGCCUAUGAGAUCAUGCGGGAGCUGGAUGUCAGCUACGUCCUGGUGAUCUUUGGUGGACUAACGGGGUACUCCUCAGACGACAUUAACAAGUUCCUGUGGAUGGUGCGUAUAGGUGGUAGCACAGACACAGGGAAGCACAUCAAGGAGCAUGACUAUUACACCCCCACUGGAGAGUUCCGUGUGGACCGAGAGGGCUCCCCCGUCCUGCUCAACUGCCUCAUGUACAAGAUGUGCUACUACCGCUUCGGGCAGGUCUACACAGAGGCCAAGCGCCCCCCUGGCUAUGACAGAGUACGAAAUGCUGAGAUCGGCAACAAGGACUUUGAGCUGGAUGUGCUGGAGGAGGCCUACACUACAGAGCACUGGCUGGUCAGGAUAUACAAGGUAAACUUUCUUUCUGUGACUACUGUCUUACUCUCCUCUGUAUUUAUUCAGUCCCGCCCGUAGAGUAACAGGCCAUUCCAGGGGGUUAUUUAUAUGAAAUGUCUCUAGUUGUUUUCACCUUAUCGGCUCAGGUAUUCGAGCCAGCGAUGUCUCCGUUACUGGCCCAACACUCUAACUACUAGGCUACCUGCCAUUACAUGUAAACCCCUCAAACGCCACUCUGGACCUCGAAGCCAGUCGCACUGCAUUUGUUUCAUUGUUCCUCCCCUAAUCAGGGACUGAUUUAGACCAGGAACACCAGGUGGGUGUAAUUAAUUAUGAGGUAGAACAGAAAACCAGCAGGCUACGGACCUCUUAGGGUAAGAGUUGAAUACCCCCUGAUGUAGACACUUAUUUUAAAUACAUUAUUAACACUGUCCUGUGUUUACC